UGUAUACAACGUAAGCAUCCGCGCAUGCGUAAAUAUCAUUCUGUUCAUUUCCUUUACUUCCGUUGAGACUUCAGUCUUUUCUGCAUUAAACGCUCAAGAUGGUUAAUGUUCCAAAGCAAAGACGUACCUUCUGCAAGAAAUGCAAGGUACACAAACCACAUAAGGUAACACAAUAUAAAAAAAGCAAAGAAAGGCAUGCAUCUCAAGGUAGAAGACGUUAUGACCGUAAACAACAAGGAUUUGGUGGCCAAACGAAGCCUAUAUUCAGAAAGAAGGCUAAAACUACAAAGAAAAUUGUAUUAAGAAUGGAAUGUACAGAAUGCAAAUAUAGAAAGCAGAUUCCUCUUAAAAGAUGCAAACACUUCGAAUUAGGUGGCGACAAGAAACGAAAGGGACAAAUGAUUCAGUUCUAAAAGAUUUAUUUCACAUUACCUUAUGUAUAUUUAAUAAGAAAUAAAAAUAAAUCUACUGAGUUUGUUUA